CCUUUGACCACCACCUCCACACCCCCAUGUACUUCUUCCUCCUCAACCUUUCCAUCCUUGACCUGGCCUCCAUCUCCACCACUCUCCCCAAAUCCAUGGCCAAUUCCCUCUGGAACACCAAGGCCAUUUCCUUCUCAGACUGUGCUGCCCAGGUCUUUCUGUAUCUCUUUUCAAUGGGGGGAGAGUAUUUUCUUCUCUCCGUCAUGGCCUACGACCGCUACGUUGCCAUCCUCCAACCCCUGCACUAUGAGACCCUCCUGGGCAGCAAAGGUUGUGUCCGCAUGGCCGUAGCUGCCUGGGGCAGUGGCUUUCUCACUGCUCUGCUGCACACAGCCAACACAUUUUCACUCCCCCUCUGCAAGGGCAAUGCUCUCAACCAGUUCUUCUGUGAGCUUCCCCAGAUCCUCAAGCUCUCCUGCUCAGACUCGGGCUACCUCAGGGCAGUUGGGCUUGUCAUGCUUACCGCUUUUUUUGCGCUCAGUUGUUUUGUGCUCAUCGUGCUGUCCUAUGUGCAGAUCUUCAGGGCCGUGCUGAGGAUCCCCUCUCAGCGGGGUCGGCACAAAGCCUUUGCCACGUGCCUCCCUCACCUGGCUGUGGUCUCCCUGUUUCUCAGCACAGGCAUCUUUGCCGGCCUCAAGCCCCACUCCAUCUCCUCCCCAUCCCUGGAUCUGGUGGUGACUGUUCUCUACUCGGUGGUGCCUCCAGUAGUGAACCCCCUCAUCUAUAGCAUGAGGAACCAGGAGCUCAAGGACGCCAUCAGGAAAGUGGUUUCCUGGAUGUUUUUCAGUAAUUCAAAAGUUCUCAGCACUCUCCAAAAAUGA